AUGAACACACCAGUGAUUUCGGUGGUGCCUAAGGAAUUCAGUCGCAGAAACCACACAGCCAUCAGCCCUUUAGCCAGCAUGAAGUUCUUCGUAGCCACCGCCUGCAUCCUGCUCCUGGCAGCAGGCAUCUCAGCCGAUCCCGUCAAGGCCGCCACCGAGGAGCAAUCCGGUGUCUUUGCCAAAUGCCUCGAGGCCGAUUCCAUCUCGUGUCUGCAGCUCACGCUCUUCCGCAAGGCCAAGUCUAUCUUCGAUAACCCCCAGAUCGAGCUCUUUGGCGGCGUUUCCCUGGUUAAGGCAAACGAAGGACGUCAGGGUAAAUCUCUGGACAAUACUCUGGCCGUUGAGGCUGCUCCCACCGUUGAGGCCCGCACCGCAGAGAUGGGCAACUACUUCAUGGACAACGCCAAGAGCUUCUUUGCCGAGCGUUCCCUGAACUUCAACUUCGCCAAUGCCGCUCGCAGCGUGGCCCGUGCCAUUCCCGAUGACAUCAAGGCCGAUCUCCGUGAGCUGGUCGUCGAGAGCCGUACCCGCAAGAAGAAGCUGCUGAAGAAGUUCCUGCCCAUCCUUCUGGGUGUUGGUGCUAAGAUCGCCGUUCUGGGUGUUGGCUCCAUCUUCGGCCUGCUCUUCCUGGCCAAGAAGGCCCUCGUUGUGUCCGUGAUUGCCUUCUUCCUGGCUCUGGCUGCUGGUGCUUCCAGCGGACUGGGUCGUCUUGGUGGUGCCGGCGGUAGCGGCGGUCUGCUCGGCGGUCUGGGCGGUCUGUUCGGCGGCAAGAACUCCGGCUCGGCUGCUGCCAGCUCCGGUGGAUGGUCCUCGGGCGGUGGCUCCUCCAGCGCCGGAUGGUCCUCGGGCGGCAACUCCGGCUGGGAUUCGCACGGUGCCUACAGCUCACCGGUGGCCCAGACCAUUGCCUACCAGGGCUACAAGGCCGCCAGGCGGUAA